CACUCACUCUCUCGCAUUUAUAGCCAGGAAUCGGCGGCUGCCCUCCACUACUUCAUCUCUCUCCCAGAUCCAAAUCUCCACCAAUUCACGCCCAAAUCAAUCCCGCUGCUUCAACUAUCACCAUGUAAAUUCCAUCCCAGCCAUGAAUUAAGCUGCAAAUUCAGUUCAAGAUGGGUCCCAAUCGGAUGCUGCCGGCGGCGAAAAGGGUUCCGAGAAGGGUCUGGUUAGGGUUCCAAAUGUCAAUCGUAUUACUGGUGGGUGGAAACCACACCUCCUCCAGGUUUUGCACUCGCAUUGGUUCCGAUUCUGAGGUAAUGGAAUUGAAUUUCUUGAAAUGGCAACUGCUCCGCGGCCCGAUUGUGAGGCGUGUGUUGUUGAGGGCCUUUAUGCUUGUGUUGGCACUGAUUGUUAUCUCUAUGAUGCAAAUUGCCCGCGAGGUUCGCGUAAUCGAGCCGAUUAUAUCCAACAUAGAUGAUUGCCCUUUGAAUGUGGGCUCGAACCACGGUCUUAAUCGAACUAAUUUGUCCAAGGGUUUCGCAUUUCCUGUGUUGGGGGCUCCGUGCGUUGAAAGUGAGAAUUUGGUUAGGGCUGUGUUCGAGGAGUUGAUGGAGAAGAAGCUCCUGCACUCGGAUGCAAGAGCAUUGUGUGUUGGGGAGGGAUCUUCCUCUGCCGCCGUGGCAUUGCGUGGUCUGGGAUUGACCAACGCCGUUGGUGUCGACAGGCACCCCUUUUUCUCCCUCUUCCAGAGGAGAUUCGUGUACGAGCUCGCCUUUGAGGAUGGCAGCUUCGACUUUGCAUUCUCGAGAGAUCUUGAUAGGGUCUCGGUCCCGGCUCUCCUGGUGCUGGAGAUUGAGCGUGUGCUGCGCCCUGGUGGGACCGGUGCUAUGCUCGUGGGAGGCCGGAGGCUUUACUCAGGCGGCCUGGUUAGGUCGGCUGCCACUGUUGCCUCGUUCUUGAAGAGCUCCGAUGUCGUUCAGUUAUGUGGCUUUGGUUCUUUCUCUGUGGUGAUAUUCAAGAAGAGGCUUGAGAAUUCUGCUUCCUUUCAGCAGUUUCGACUCCCUGCUGAUUGUCCGUCCGUUGCAACGAACAAGCCCUUCAUGAAGUACAUCGAGCCCCUUGCACUGAGACGAUCCGGGCUAGUCGAGCCAAAGCUUUCUUACCUACCCGACUUCAUGAACAUUUCCACGAGGAACAAAUUGGUGUUCAUCAACAUAGGCGCGGGGGAGUUUGCGAAGAAGAGGGUUGCUAAGAUGUCCAAGAGCUAUAGAUCCAACUCCAACCACCUUGCACCUCUGCAAGUGUUCGUUGUCGAUCACAAACCCUCCGUCCUGUCAUCUUAUGUGACGGACCCAGGCACCAACUUCGUGUACUAUCCUGCUCUUGGCGGAGAUGCUGCUGCCACCGUUGCAGAAAUGAGCUCGGACGAGCAUCUGGUUGCGCCCUUGCAUGACGAAGCCUUCGACUUCAGUAGCUGGUUCGAUGGAACAGUGAGCAAUGGAGACUUUGUGGUCAUCAUGAUGAAUGCAAAGUCCGUGGAGCUCGACAUCCUCGUAGAGAUGUUCAAGAGUGGAGCGAUAUGUCGCGUUGAUGAACUCUUCCUGCGAUGCGAGGACACCGCAGGGUACAAGACGAUGCCGGGAAACUGCACGGCCCUCUUCACGAGCCUCAGGGAGAGCGGCGUCUAUGUCCACCAGUGGUUCGGGGAGUGAUUGUUCGAGCUGGCUGAAAUUCGUGUCGUGUUUGUGUUCGUGUUCGUGUCGUGCUGUUGGUGAAUAAACUGAGGAGGGGUGGCGGAUUGAGUAGAAAUCCACUCAUCUCCACUCAGGUGUUUCGACUGUUGUUCUGUAAUGUGUUGAAUGUGUGUAAUUUCCUACUUGUUUGUUGCUUGAGGAAAUGGAUAUAUUAUGGUUUGCUUUGUUUAA